AUGGUUACAUCCUCCUCGAGUAUGAAGCGUAUACGUAUUGCCGUAUUUGACCUAAAAUCAAACCCUAUCUCCCUAUCGCUAUUUCACGACUUUUCUCUCUCGACUCGGGUCACUCAGCCGCUGUCUCCAACCCUCCAUCCAUUGCCUCCAGGCCUCCGUCUCAGUCUCGACCACGGCCUCAGUCUCCGAUCGACCACGGCCUCAGUCCAUUCACUCAGAUCGACCACGGGCUCUGUCUCAUUCUCUCAGAUCGACUCACUCUCACACGGCCUCCGUCUCAGUCUCGACCACGGCCUCAGUCUCCGACCACCACGGCCUCAGUCCAGCCCUUCGACUCUGUCUCAGUCUCGACCAAGUCUUUUUCGAUUGAUGAGUAAGAGCAAACAAAGGAUCAGCCUUGGUUUGAGAAAAAUCAAAACUUUGUUUUCUGAGGUGUUAAUCGAGCAGGGAUGUACCAAUUAUGCAGGGCUGCAGGCAGAUUCUAAGUGUGAACCUCAAUGAUACCAAGUCUGAAUGGAAGACAAUAUGCUUAAUUAGAUAAAUUCAUAGAA